AAGUCUGUUGGUGCUUCUUCGGUGCAUCUGUGUGUAGAAAAGUGUGAUGAAAUCAAAUGUGUAACGCCAGGCACAUGCGCAUCUUUUGUUCAUUAAUGAAUUGAGUGAAACUGUGUGUGUUGGUAAAUUUGAAAAAAAAAAUUGCUUUAUAAACAAAAAAGCAGAAAGAAGUCGAAGAAGAAUUACUCAUAAAACGGUUGCUGCAACGGAAGAAAACUAUAAAUUUGAUUUUGUAACCCAAAAUUAUGAUAAUGAUGUAAAGACGACAAAGAACCGCUAACAGCUCCAAACUGGAAAAUGGCAUUACCAUAAAUGCAAGAGCAUCUAAACAGUAAAUAAACGAACAUAUCGAUGACAAUUAAAAUAACGGUCUGUUGUUGAAGUGUGGGUUUGUGUGUGUGAGUGCCAGUUUUUUUUUUAUCAAUAAUCAAGAACAUCAACUAGAAUUGGUCUCUGUGGAUCCGUGCAAUGGAUCGAUAUUACAGCAUGAGUUUACUUUUGCUGGUCAUGGCUUUAAUGACAAAUGUCUACAGUUGGAGUGCAGUACCCGCAACGACACGAAGUAUUAAUGGACACCAAAGAAAUGAAGUAUCACCAUACUUAGAUUUAGUAUUAUGCCCAAUACGAGCGGAACCCUGGUCUUGUGCACGCCAACAAUCUGGUCGUAUUUUGGAUAUCUGGGACAAUGAGCUGCACUCGCAGUGGCAAAAGUUGAAAGUUGAAGCCGAUCAGCAACUAAAUGCAACGUUGGAGAGACGUGGAUACAGUGCCUCCGAAUUAGUGAUCAAAGAGAAACCAUCCACAAUUUUAAAGAAAAUCGAAAUUGGUACCAACUACAUGAAGGAGUACCUAUCGGAAUCUUUAGAUGGAUUUCUUGGGCGAGAAUAUGAUUAUGGUCAAAGUUUUAAAGUACACAACGAUAUACAAAACGAUCAAGCACCCAGUGAAAACGAUGAAGUUGAUGAUACGGAAAAUGAUGACGAAGCAGGCGAUGGUGAUGAUGAUGAUGAUGACGAAGAUGAAACUGAUAAUGACAACGAUGAUGAAGAGGACGAGGGUGAUUCAAAAAAUACCGCCAUCAUCAAUGACAAUGCAUCCAAUGGCAAUGAAUUCAUUGAAAUUGAAUCGCACGAUAAUGGCGAUCAGCACACCACGGACGAGCUAAAAGAUGCCAACGAUCGUUUCAAGAGGAAGAAGGGCAACAGAAAUAAGAACAAGAAAAAAGGCAGCCAACAUGACAUUGCAUCACAAGCUGCUAAUCUAUUGGUUAUACAACCGUUAGAACAUCAAUUAGCAGAAGCUGAACAUCAUGUUCAGGAAGUUGUCCACAAAGUGAAACCGGCUAAGAGAAAGGGCAAACCCCUUAAAGAUAAGAGACGUAAACGAAAGAAGGGCGACGACGUUACAACCGUAGUCGUUGAACAAGAACCAUCAACGGACCAUUUAUCGCUGGGACUGUUGGAUGCACUGAGCGAUUUUGAUGUUCUGGAGGAAGGCGGAAAACGCAAAAAGCGCCCACUGAAAUAUGGUAGAAGUAUUGGAGUGACUCGUGGCAAAAAGAAGAAGAAGAAGAAGGCCAUCCAAAAGUUCAUUCUACUCGGCUCAUUCCUGAAAGCAAAAAUUGAGCUACUUUUGAAAAUUCUAGGAGCUCAUUUACAAAUAAAAUUCUUUGCCAUAGCUCUAAUCGGUUUGCUGAUAAAUAUUGCAAGAUUUUGGAUCGAUGUGAAACGUGGCGGAGUACCACAAAAGGUUGUCUAUGUUGAACAUGCUCAUCAUCAGCAUCACUAUGAGGAUCAUGGCGAGGAUUGGAGCGAAUCGGGCGGUGGCUACUGGAAGAGAUCACUGCAAACGGAUAAUCCAGUGGAUGAAUAUGAUUCGACAACGGACAGCUAUCAGCCCAGACCGGUGGAACCGCAGCAGGCCUAUGAUGCUCAAUAUAUGGCUUAUCGCAAUCAAUGGCAGAGAAAAUGAACUGAGUAGCAGCGGAGUAUUUGAUUAAAAAAAUAUGAACCAAUCAAAUUUUGUUAUAAAAAUUCUUAGUUUGGACUUUUUAGUGUAAUUUAGAAACGAAACUAGAUAUGUAAAUAUCUGUAUAGAAAUUAUUCUUUUGAAACGAAAUUAUCGACAAUACAAAUUAGAAAUAUUUUACUUCCAUAAGGCCAAUUAUUUAUUUUAAAAUUAAUUGUUUUGAAGAAAAACAAAACACAUUUAGUUAAUUAUUUAUUUAUUUAUUCUAUAUUAAAGUAAACUAUUUGUUAAAUGAUAUGCAUGUAUCAAUCUAUAUUAUUUAAAGAGAAAAA